AUGCUAUGCAGCUUCUGCGAGAGUUUCAUUGGAGGCAUUGAGACCGGCCUUCAAAACGAGGAGAAAGACAUUGAAGCCUAUGCCAACAAACUAUGCGACGCUCUCACAAAGGGAAAUGCACUUUUGGACCCCAUCUGCAAAGGUCUUCUUGACAAAGAACUCGAGAGCAUCAUCGACUGGCUCAACAACAACGAGAAACCACACGAUGUUUGCGUAAAACUCCAUCUGUGCUAA